UGUGAGAGAAAAUCAUACAUGUGCGACUCGCCGAGCUUAUUAGCAGUGCAGCUGGAUCUCAUCAACCUUCUCCAAGCACACGAACAGUUGACAAGACCAGCCCCAGACUCCAAGCUGCAGGGAGGGACACUAGCCUACCUAACAAUAAGCCAAGAUGCGUGCCACGUUGCUCACGGGGAGCGCAGGCUUGCUGUUCAAGCUCGCCGCGGCCCAAUGCAAGACUGUCACCACGACGCAGGUGGGCAUCGCCACGACGGUGUCGGACCUGUCCGCCUUCCAGAGCUCCAUGGACGCCAAGUACUCCAAAACGGGCGGCGACAUCACCAACACCGUCUUCAUCCACACGUCGGUCUACACCUACCCGGGAGGCAGCUUCACGGGCUACGGCAUCUACGAGUCCGACGCCCUGGCAUCCGAGGGCUUCAACUUUGUGACCCAGACCGUCACGGAAACGUCGUGCGAGCCCACCGAGCCGCCCGAGACCGACGAGCCGUCCGAGACGCUGCCGCCCUCGCCGACGGGGUCCAUCUGCAGCCCGCACGGAGAUCACUGGCAUUGCCACCCCUCGCCCACCGGCACCGGCACCACCGCUGCUGAAACCUCCUCCUCCUCCUCAUCCGACCCGGAUGACGACGACGACGACGAACCCCCGGCCUCCACCGCGACCUGCACGCCGCACCACGAUCACUGGCACUGCCCGCCCGGCGUGCCGUCCCCAACCUACGCGCCCUCGGCCGCGCCGUCUCCUUCGACCCUGACGCGGGCACCGGCCACCACCACCGCGGCAACAAACGGGUCCUCGUCGCCAUCAUCCACGUCGGGUGGUGAUGCCCCGGCGGACUCGGCUGUGUCGACGGCUGGCGCCGCGAGCAAGCCCCACGCCCAGUCUGUUGCGCUGUCGGUGGUCCUCGGUUUGGGGAUUUUCGUCUAUGGCGGUGUGUUUUCAGAGAUACUCGCCGUCAUGAGCAGCUCUCGUAGGAACAAUGGCGGUAGUGGCAGCGGCAGCGGCAGCGGCAGCGGGAACUCCUCGUCCGCUUCCUCUCCGACCAGGCCUCCGCGAGAAAGGCAUCAUCUCAUACCGCGGAGCCCAUCUGCGCUGCUCUUCCCGCCCGCGCCGCCUCCGCUCCAUAUCACCAUCCGCUUCAGCACCGCGCUCCCCGACGUAGAACUCGAUAUCCCCUCGCCACAGCAGACCACCGUCGUUGCGCUCAAACACCUCAUACGCGGCCGCCUGGCAGCCGACGCCGGAUCUCAAGCGGAUAGCGAUGAGCCCUCCACACAGCCCACUCCCGCAGCGCAGGCCUCGCGCGCCCGCCUGCGCUUCAUCCACAACGGCCGCAUCCUCCCGGACGCCUCGGCCCUCAGCGCAGUCCUUAAAGCGCCCCCACCCCCGCCGCUUUCCCACCAACACAACGACCCGAAGGGCAAAUCACCCGCCGGCGUGCGCCCUCGCCAGCAACAGCGCGUCUUCAUAAACUGCAGCAUAGGCGACGAGCUCUCCACCACCGACCUCGAAGCCGAAGCCACCGCAGCCUCCGCUCCUCCUCCUCUAACGACCUUAACCCCCACCUCCCCGUUACCCUCCCCUUCCCCAUCGCGCUCCCCUGGCCCCCGUCCUCCUCAUCCUCUAAUAACCACCAACCUCCCACCCCCAGAAACCAACACCACCACCACCAACAACAACAACAAUGACGACGACGCCCUGGCCCAGGGAGGAGGAGCAGCAGCAGCCCAGACGGAAAGGCAACCGCUAGGCUUCGACCGACUCCAGCAAGCCGGCCUGACAGCGGCCGAGAUCUCGACGCUGCGCUCCCACUUCCGUGCCAUCCACACGGCCCGCUUCACGCCCGACACCAUGCCCAGCCCGGACACGCUGCGCGCUAUGGAGGACGCCUGGCUCGACAACAGCGGCCAGUCGUCGCAUGUGCCUCUUACUACUACUAUUCCUACUACUGCACAUGGCUACAACAACGCGAGCACCGGCGAUGUCGAUGUCGUCGUCGGGGACGGUGAUCAGGGCGGCGGCGGCGGGGAGGGGGCGAUGGACGACGCGUUCGGGCUGAGUGCCGUCGCGGGCCCGUUGAUCCAGGGGAUGCUGAUCGGGUUUGUGUUCCCCCUCGGGGUGAUUGGGUGGUUGGGCAAGGAAGACGGCGUGUGGUCGCGGAGGAUGCAGGUGUUUGUGGUGUUCGGGGUGUUGUUGAGCGUUUCGGUCGGGUUGGUUAGGGGGUUGACCGGGGAAGGGUGA